AGCGCCGGGGCGGGGGGCGGAGUCUCGGCUGCACAAAUGGGACCGAGGAGGCGGGGUGGCCGCAAUUUCGCGCCAAGCGCGGCCGGUUGCCUCCCGUGGCGGCGAGCUAGCUAGGAGGUGUUUACAGCUGCUGUCAUGGUUCGUACGCUAAACUGCAUCGCCGCUGUUUCCCAGAACAUGGGCAUCGGCAAGAACGGGGACCUGCCCUGGCCCCCGCUCAGGAACGAAUUCAAGUUUUUCCAAAGAAUGACCACAACCUCCUCAGUAGAAGGUAAACAGAACUUGGUGAUUAUGGGUAGAAAGACAUGGUUCUCUAUUCCUGAGAAGAAUCGACCUUUAAAGGAUAGAAUUAAUUUAGUUCUCAGCAGAGACCUCAAGGAACCUCCACAGGGAGCUCAUUUUCUUGCCAAAAGUUUGGAUGAUGCCUUAAAACUUAUUGAGCAACCAGAAUUAGCAAAUAAAGUGGACAUGGUUUGGAUAGUGGGAGGCAGUUCUGUUUAUAAGGAAGCCAUGAACAAACCAGGCCAUCUUAGACUAUUUGUGACAAGGAUUAUGCAGGAAUUUGAAAGUGACACAUUUUUUCCAGAAAUUGAUUUGGAGAAAUAUAAACUUCUGCCAGAAUACCCAGGAGUUCUUUCUGAUGUCCAGGAGGAAAAAGGCAUUAAGUACAAAUUUGAAGUAUAUGAGAAGAACGAUUAAUGUGAAGGUGUUUUCUGGUUUAUUUCAAGUUAGUUGUUCCCCCUCCGCUCCAAACUAUUAUAGAUUUUAAUAUUAGAAAAAAAAGACUUUUGUUGACUUUAGGUCAGUGGAUAAUUACCUCUAAGCAAUGAAAUUUUAUUAAUCUUACUUAGGCUAUAGUUAAGACUAAUCUUAACUAGACCAUAUCAGAUACCAAUUGUGAAACAUUUCUGGCUAUAACUGUAUGUUGCCCAUCAACAGCACCUUCCUAGGGUAGCAUAUCUACCAAGAGCCUAAGUGAGACAAUCCCCUGAUAGCAUACGUUGAAACCAGGACUUAGAAAGAUAGGACUAGACAGAUUGUCCAAAGGUCAGAAAUGGAUUAUUAAUAGAAGAGCUAGAACUCAGAUAUUAAAAGAAAAUUAGAUCAAAAUAGGAACUUUGAAUUCUCUAUGCAUAUGACACUUCUGAAAAAAAGUUCUGUUCAUUCAGAGAAUCUGUAAGGUGAGAACUUUAGUAUAUUCCAUAGGCAUAGUAAAGAGGCAGGUAGGAUACUACCUUUCUAAAGGUUAAAAGAGAAGGUCUGAGACCUCUAAAAACUCUGCAAUCUUCAGUGAGAUUCCAUGGCAUGUUACAAUGAUAGAAGAAGCUGGCCUAUAUAAAAAGAGAUUUAGUAACAAGUACAUGACUAGAACUAGAAAUUUAAAAGGCAAUGAAUUGAAAAUGGAUAAAGCUAGAAACCAAAAUUACAAAGAUGGAAACUAAAUUAAACUUCACUGAAUUAAAAAAUGAAAAUUAAAACACAUUUUACCUGUCAUGUUAGCAAAGAUGUGGAUUGUUAUGUAUCCAAAGAAAUAGCAUUUUAUGCCUUGUAAAUUAAUCCAACCUUUUAGAGUUUAAGUAGCAAUAUCAAUUAAAAUUCAAAAUAUUCUGCGUUUGGGCCCAGAGCUUCCACUUCUAGAAGUUAAUCCUGAAUAAAGAGAUGGACCCAAGAAUAUUUGUUGCGCCACUUUUUUAAAACUUGGAAAUAGCCCAAAUGACAAGAAAGAAGUAACUAACCAGUAUGGCUACAAAAUUUAAUAUUGUCUGUAGCAGUUAAAAGCAAUGAGGUACUAACAGGAAAAUGCCAAAGACUACUAAAUAAAAGAAGCACAUUGUGUAUAGUACCUAAAAUUUUUAAUAAGUGUAUGUAGUAUGCAUUGGAAAAUAUGUGCUGUAAACUGUCGAGAAUAUCAGAGUUGGGUGUGUUAUUUGACGCAUUAGGUCUGCCUAUUGUGAUUAGAUUUUUUUUUGAAGCACUAUGUGUUUGUUUUCAUGCACAGUCACUUAAUAAUUGAGCCAUUAUUUUCAAGGGUCACACAACAUUCCAAAGACUGAUUGCUAGGGAACCACCAGGCUGUCUCUGGUUUGUUCAUCUUUCAAGACAAAAAAUCAAGUCUUACUUUUUCCAGGUUGAUUUAUGAAACAGCACUGUAAAGUGAUGAUAAUUUGAGACCAAAAUGUAAAUGGUAUCACAUACACGUGUGUUUUAAAUAUUUAGGUUAGCCCAUUUUGUUGCUGUGAGGUUGAAAUUAUGUAACAUAACCCACGUCCUAACAGACAGUGUUUCUCAAAAUGUCAUCCCCAUUAUACCUGUAUGAGGAAUGGGUCCCAGAAUCUGCAGUACAGGGGCACCUGGGUGGCUCAGUCAGUUGAGCAUCGGACUCCUGAUUUCGGCACAGGUCAUGACCUCAGGAUCCUGAGAUCAAGCCCCAGGUCUGGCUCCACUCAACAUAGAGCCUGCUUAAAAUUCUCUCUUUCGCUCUCCUUCUGCCCCUCCUACUCCACUAAAAAAAAAAAAAAAAAAAGAAGAAGAAUCUGCAGCACAAACCAGCACCCCAUAUGAUUCUGAAAACUACCCAACAAUGUAAAUCACCAGGUUAUAGAGUGCUUCUACCCUCUGAGGAAGAAAAAAACCUCAACUGUUAUUUCCUAUACUAGGGCAUCUAAGUAAAGCAAAAUAGAAAAAUGAGUGAAUUGUAAGUCAACAUGUAUGGGAUGGGAGAAAGUAAAAUUGUAAAGAUUAGACCUGUGCGUUGCUGAUCUAUUUUAAGAAGUAAAGAUUUUCACUUAAUUAAAUAUGUAAUAAAAAUACAUAUGAAAGUAAUGUCAGCGACUCAAAAAGGUACAUAGUAAACAAAUGCAAGAACAGAUGUCCUUUAACAAGAUGCUUUUUUUAUAGGUAGUAAACUAAAAACUGUACAGGAAAUGACCUAAUUAGGCACCAUGACUUUGUGAGGGAAAAGUUGGCCAGCCAGCCACUGAAAAACAUUCAGAAAAAUGAUUUCUGAAAGACUGAAACUUGUGAUCAAGGAUUUUCCAGUUGGGACAAAAAAGAAAUAUAUAAUUAAAUGAGUCUGAGGAUGGAAUAAGAGAUUCUAAUGAAAAAGGAUUGUUCACAAAAGGGAUAGAGCCUCUGGCUAAACACAGAGGAAAAAAGACCUACAGUCUGUGUGAUUGUGCUAUUUCUGUGGCAAAGUGAGAUUGUACUGCUGGCCAUUUCUAAUUAUUUGCUCCUGACAUUUCUGUUCCCCAGGAGACCUCAGAUGGACCAGGAAGUUUUUCUGUCCAUACACUGACAUUUCUGUUGAAUCUCUUUAUUCUUGGAAUAAAAAAGAGAUCAAAUCA